GCAGGAGGCGGCGUGGAGCGCGUGUGUUUCUGGAGCGUUUGGCUCUUUUUUUGGCGGUUGUUUAAAAGUUGGAGGGAGCUCGGGAAGUGGGUGCCGCUACCGGCCCUCUUCCCCCCGGGUCUGUGAGCGCGGGCCCGAGAUGGACAAAGUCUGUGCCGUUUUCGGAGGCUCCCGAGGCAUCGGCAGGGCGGUGGCCCAGUUAAUGGCCCGGAAGGGCUACCGCGUGGCCAUCGUCGCCAGGAAUCUGGACGUGGCCAGGGCCGCCGCCGGUGACCUCGGCGGAGGUCAUUUGGCAUUUAGCUGUGAUGUUGCUAAAGAACAGGAUGUUCAAAAUACAUUUGAAGAGAUUGAGAAACACUUAGGUCGAGUAAAUUUCCUGGUAAAUGCGGCUGGUAUUAACAGGGAUAGUCUUUUAGUAAGAACAAAAACUGAAGAUAUGGUAUCUCUGCUUCAUACUAACCUCCUGGGUUCCAUGCUGACGUGCAGAGCUGCCAUGAAGACUAUGAUUCAACAACAGGGAGGGUCUAUUGUUAAUAUAGGAAGUGUUAUUGGUUUGAAAGGCAACUUUGGCCAGUCUGUGUACGGUGCCAGUAAAGGAGGAUUAGUGGGAUUUUCACGUGCUCUUGCUAAAGAGGUAGCAAGAAAGAAAAUCAGAGUCAAUGUAGUUGCACCAGGAGAACGAGAAGAUGGACUUCUAGAUCUGACGGUGACCAGAAGGCAACAGCAAGAGAGGAACAGUGAGAGGCGGGUCUCACUCAUUAUCGGACUUGGUGGGCUCCGGCUCAGGGCUGCGGGGCAGUCCCCGUGUGCAUUCGCACUCAGAACGAAACCCUGCGCCGGCUGCACCUGAGGCUCCGCUUCCUGCAGGUGGGCGAGGCGCGGUGGGGACCGGCAGAGGAACACAGGGAAAAUCCCGCAGCGAGAGCCAGGGAAGGGCGGGACACCGUCUGCGGGCCUCUGGGUCUCCCAACGCCUGGGCUUCUUGAGGGAUGUUACCACCCAGAAAAGGCAAAGACACGGGAACGUAGCACAGACUGGAGGAAAACCGGGAAAGAAAAGGUCGCAAAGCAGCAGCCUAACUAAUCUUACAGCACCACACUGUCACUCUAGAGUCAGCAUUUGCCCGAGGUCACAGUUAAAAAUGCUGCCUUUCCUAAAAGCUGCCAAGGAGAGACGAAGUGUGACAUUACGGAGGAAAGUCAUUUCUAACUUAGGUUGUUUCUGAAGCUCAGGACACACAAUGCAGAUUCGCUCUUGGCAAACUCUUGGGAUUCCCUAAACUGGCUUGAAAUCUAAAAAUUAAUUUCAUCUAACCCCUCCUAAUCUGUAGUUGCUACAGGAAAUCUAGAUACAACUUGCUUAGAAUGAGACCCUGUUGUAAAUUGCCCAGGUGAUGCAUCCUACUAGAUGACUUAACAAAUGAACACGUAAAACCCACGAUCCUUUUUGUAGGCUGGGGACAAGGAAGCGCACGUUUUGUUUUGCAGGACCAGCUCCAGCUGUGCUGGUCCGGGAUGCGGCCCCCUUGUUACCUGCUGUGCUGCUGCAGUGACAGGACACGCACAGCUGGACGCGCCCUUUCUCGUGUGAAGCCCAGAGGACCCACAAGAUAGGGGAAUAUUAACUCAUCAUUUAAGUGGUUAGAAAAAUAUAUAGUCUUAAACUCAAACUUUAUACUUGACCUUGGGUAAGCAGAUGUGGGUUUUUUUUUUUUAAUCCUCUAACCUGGAUUUGAGUUUUAACUUUUCCUUAAAGCUUUGGGCA